AGCUCGAAACAACUCCUUAUUUUCCCUCACUUUCUCUCUCGUCGAUCUCCAUUUCCUCGGGAAAAAAUAUGGGAAAGGGUCCAGGUCUCUACUCCGACAUCGGCAAGAUAGCCAGAGAUCUUCUCUACAGGGAUUACCAGAGUGACCACAAGUUCACUGUUACUACUUACACAUCCUCUGGAGUCGCCAUUACUUCAUCAGGAACUAAGAAAGGUGAGCUUUUUAUUGCGGAUGUGAAUACCCAGUUGAAGAACAAGAACAUAACAACAGAUGUGAAAGUUGAUACAAACUCUAAUCUUUUUACGACAAUUACUGUUGAUGAACCUGCACCUGGACUCAAGACGAUAUUUAGCUUUAUCAUUCCUGAUCAGAGAUCUGGUAAGGUGGAACUCCAGUACUUGCAUGAGUAUGCUGGAAUAAGCACUAGCAUUGGAUUGACUGCAAAUCCAAUUGUGAACUUCUCUGGUGUGGUUGGGAACAAUACUCUCUCUCUUGGGACUGAUCUCUCGUUUGACACUGCCACUGGGAACUUCACCAAAUGCAAUGCAGGCCUGGGUUUCUCCAAUGCUGACCUCAUUGCUGCCUUGACUUUGAAUGACAAGGGUGACACACUUAAUGCUUCAUACUACCACACUGUAAGCCCACUGACUAACACAGCUGUUGGUGCGGAGCUGAGCCAUUGCUUUUCUACCAAUGAAAACACUCUUACCAUUGGCACACAGCAUGCCCUGGACCCCUUAACCAAGGUGAAGGCUCGGGCUAAUAACAGUGGAAAGGUAAGUGCUCUAAUCCAGCAUGAGUGGCGCCCAAAAUCUCUCUUCACUAUAUCAGGAGAAGUGGAUGCCAGGGCGGUUGAGAAAAGUGCAAAGAUUGGACUGGCCUUGGCUCUAAAGCCAUAGAUUAAGCCCUUAACUUGGUGUAUGUGGAAGGUUGGCCUUGUUUAUGGCAGAGAGCAAUAAGGUAGGUAGAAUGAAUGACCUUUAGACAGUUUCCCUUUUUCCUGGUGAAACUUUUUUUGGUCUAUUAAUGGGGCCCUAUUUAUUUCUUUGGAUUUGGUGGUUAUGGGUUGUAAAAAAUAAUUGUUGCUGGUGGAAUGGACCAACGGUCGUCAUUUUCCAGUUCAAAGCUCAUUAUCCUCCUUCACAACUGAAAUUGAACUGUAAGGAGGAUAGUUUACUUUCAGCAAAAAAUUCUUAUGAAUUUUGGUUCGACAGUGUGUGUUGUUUC